AUGGAGUUUGUUAUUGAAGAAGGAAGGCAAGUGCAUGAAGAAUGCUCUACUUUGAUUCUCACUGAGUUGGUUAUCUCGAUGAUCCUUAUCUGCUUCCUUGUGUUGGCAAUGACGCUUAUUGCCCUCUUCCUUGUGGUGAUAUCGCUCUUCCUCUCGAGGGUUCUUUAUGAGUCAUCUUCAACUGCUACUACUCUUGCUCAGCAACGGUCUCCAGUUGCAAAGGGAAUGAUGAUUAAAUUUGCGGAGAACAUAGCAGAUUUUGCUGCUUCGAGUGGAAAGAAGCAUGUUAUUGUGCUUUCGAGUUUAGACUUCCAAAGGCUGAAGCAUAACUUGGAUAUGUCACGAGGCCCACAGGUGUAUUAUCUGUCUAAUGCCGAAGCUAAUGGAAGAGAUGAUCACUGUGAAAGGCUUGGAUUUGGAAGAUUGAAUGAGUAUGAUUCAGAAGGAAGGUGUUGGAAGUAUCUUAGCUCUGUCUUUGAGGAGAACUGUAAAGAAGAGCUGACUUUCCCCUCAGAAGAUGAGCUUGAAGACAUAGACUACUACCCCAGCUUGCCAUUUGCAGCUCUUUUUCUCAGCUUUUAA